CUCAGGAAAUUCUACCAACUGUGUGUGUGUGUUUUUGUCAUUUCUCACAGUCUCUUCAACCUGUGACAAGAAGACAUGGGCUGGCAAAAGCAUUAUCUGGAUAAACUGUCCCGCUUCUUCCAGAUCCGCAACCUGCUGCUUCGUCAAGCCCUGGCAGAGUGUCUUGGCACUCUCAUCCUUGUGAUGUUUGGCUGCGGUUCUGUGGCCCAGUUGGUGUUGAGUGGUGGUUCCCAUGGUAUGUUCCUUACUGUCAACUUUGCCUUCGGCUUUGCUGCUACGUUAGGCAUCUUGGUCUGUGGCCAAAUAUCAGGCGGCCAUCUCAACCCAGCAGUAACUUUUGCCUUGUGUCUGCUUGGAAGAGAGCGCUGGAGAAAGUUUCCCAUGUACUUCCUCUUUCAGACAAUUGGUGCUUUUUUUGGUGCUGCUAUUAUUUUUGGCAUGUACUAUGAUGCCCUGUGGGACCAUCCUGGAAGUUUUAAUGUGACUGGACCUGACGCCACAGCUGGCAUCUUUGCUACUUAUCCUGGAAACCAUCUCACCCUUGUCAAUGGUUUCUUUGAUCAGAUUAUUGGCACAGCAGCACUGAUAGUUUGCAUUCUGGCCAUUGUGGAUCCUUACAACAACCCCAUCCCUCAAGGGCUGGAGGCCUUCACUGUGGGAUUUGUGGUUCUGGUCAUUGGAUUGUCUAUGGGCUUUAAUUCUGGCUAUGCAGUCAAUCCUGCCAGAGACCUCGGACCACGUCUUUUCACCGCUAUAGCUGGUUGGGGGAGUGAGGUUUUCACGGUUAGACAAGGCUGGUUCCUGGUCCCUAUUUUUGCUCCAUUCCUUGGUACCCUCAUUGGUGUAAUGAUAUACCAGCUGAUGGUUGGUUUCCACAUGGAAGGGGAAGUACGUGACAGGAAAGAGAGCACAGAGCAGGAGACUGUCCGACUCACCAAUGUGACUUCCAAAGACAACUCCAGAGAGGCUGUGAAAGAAAGAAAUGAGUGUUAGACCGUUAGAGAAAUGUCACUUAAAAAAAACAUGCACUUGUAAAUACAUAGUAUCCCACCCUCACUUACUUCCUGACACAACUAUUGUUCUCAAACAAUUGUGUCUGUUGGGACUUCUCCCCAGAUAGAUAUCAGGUUACCUUCUGUACAGUCGCAUGUUUAUGUGUCAUAGUUUAGAGAACUGACUGUGUGUGAAUUGAAAUACAAAUUCAGAAGCAAAGAAUUACAUUAAUUCUUUUAUGACAUGAACUUUCAGAUUUUAGUAUCUACAACACCAGACUUAACAGUAUUGUAUGCUUUACACCAAUUUAGUUUUAGAUAAUCUUUUAAUGGAGUUUUACAUACUUUAUAUUCUGUAUAUACUUAGUUAGAUUAAAAUAUUUAAAGAAAAAUCCUGUUCUGUGUUUUCCUCAGCCCAUUUCAAUGGGAUAUUAAAACAAUCAAACAUAAGAAUGUUCAAACAUUUGUCUAUCUUGUCUAUAUAAUGAAAAUAUUACAUUUUACUUAAUGUAGGCGCCACUCAGUGACAUUAUCAUACCUGUGCAAACUGUUGACUCUGUUAUCUUCGGUAGAGAGAUUGUGGCGAGGGUUAUAGGGCUAUAAUCUUUCUACCCUUUACAAAGACAAUCUUGAAACAGCUAAAUCUGCUUUUCUUUUAAUAUA